UGGUCCUGACAGCUGGAGGAGGAGGCUGUCAGCGGCCGGGGCUCCGGGGCCAGAGUCCAGCUAGGGUUCCCAGACCUCAUCUAUGGCCUCUGAGAGUUUCCCACCGCCGCCGCUCCAGCUUCAUGGGACGCGGACGUCCACUGCAGGGAGCAAUACCCUUAGUAGGAGGAGCAACUGUGGGCCUUGGGGCUGUGCCACAGGAUCGGUCCAACCUUAGGCAAGGAAUGGCCACUAAUUUUGUGGUUCUGAGCGUGCCUGUUUUCUUCUCUGUAAGAUGAGGAGAAUGGCGAACUAGAUGACCUCUGGCCUGUCUUCAUUGGCUUAUGAAUCUAGGGUCUAUGAGAGAGGCGGAGGAGAGAAGAAAGCAUUGCGCGCCUCUUCCCAGGAAUCGGAAGAUCAGAACUGGAAGGGACCCGAGAAACUGAGAAAACUCAGGUCCAGAGAAGGUGGGACUUGCCCAAAGUGGUAGAGUCCGUCAAGGUCGGGGCUGUCCCUCGAAUCCAGGGCUCCCGACUCCUCCAUUUAAAGCUCUCGCCACUACCCGGGUGGAGGUGAUGAAAGGAGUAGGGGCCCAGGGUCACUUUCAGAGGGGCUCUGGCCGAGCCUGGUUCGAGAGCCGCACUGGGUAAUUAGCCUAGCCUCAAACUCAAUGGCCACCAUCAGCUCUUUUCCUUUUCCCUGUGGGAUCCUGGACUAGACACUUCCCUUCCUUCCUCCCUCACCUCUCCACUCCUUGUCCCAAACUUCAGAUUUUCUAACUGUAAAAUGCGAGUAGAUAGGUGGUUUGUCUCUGCGAUCCCCUUCCAGUUCUAAUCUUGGGAGUUUUGGAAGCAGCCAUGAGCUAGGAACCUUUACCCAAGGGGAACAGACGCUUCACCUGGCGGGAUCGCGGCACCUGAAUCCAGGGCUCACCUUUCCAGGGUCGGCCUGGACUCUGCGUGGGGAUCUCCCAGCGGCUAGGAGAGGAGGAAGAGGCUCAAGGGCCAACCCCAGUCGCAACUCCCGGGCGAGUUCCAAGGGGGGCGGGGCGAGGAGCGCUGGACGUUCGAAGGGGGCGGAGUCCGACUGUCUGUGUUUGUUGCGCCGUGUCAGUUACAUUGUAACAAAAGUGCUGCCGCCACCCGAGCCUCAGAUCUGUACCCCAGGCCCCAGGUUCGGCUCCCGCCCGUCCGCAGGCAGCUGUGGUCGCGAUGGAGCAGGGUGCCAGCAGCAUCCAGGUUUUACUGCAAGCAGCUGAGUAUCUGGAUCGGAGGGAGCGAGAGGCAGAGCACGGCUAUGCUUCCUUGUGUCCUACUCACAGCCUGGGUCCAGUCAACCGCGGAAGGAGGAGACCCAAGGCUCCUAGGGACAGUUUAAGAUCCAUGCACAGCGAACUGGAGAAGCACAGGAGGGCCCAGCUGAGGCACUGCUUGGAGCAGUUGAAACAACAGAUGCCCCUGAGCACAGAUUGUGCCCGGUACACCACCCUGAGCCUGCUGCGCCGGGCUCGUCUACAUAUCCAGAAGCUGGAAGAACAGGAGCAGCGGGCACGAAGACUCAAGGACAGGCUCCGAAGUGAACAGCGGAGCCUGCGCCAGCGGCUGGAACAGCUCCAGGGAGCAGGUGGGGAGUGGGAGCGUCUCCGAGUAGAUAGCCUGGACUCCUCGGGCCUGUCUUCAGAGCGCUCUGAUACUGACCAAGAGGAGCUGGAAGUGGAUGUGGAAAGCCUGGUGUUUGGGGGUGAUGCCGAGUUACUUCGAGGCUUCAGCACAGGCCAGGAGCACAGUUACUCUCACAGUGGUAGUGCUUGGCUAUGACUGCCCCCACAGUAAGCAGAUCUCCCACUCUCCUGGCUGCACCAAGCUGCCCAGCUUGCCAGAGAAGCUGCCACAGGACUGGUGAUGUUGGGUAUUCCUGCAAAGCAGAAAACUAUAGAACUGCAGAGGCUGCUACCGGCUCUUGGAGCCAUUUUAACCAGCCUCAGUUGCAUCCUUCCUCUCUUAUGUGGGCACGAACUGAAGCUUACUCAUGUUGUGGGAGGAAAACAGGAGUGAGCCAAGGCCCUAACAUGGAACCAAACAAUGCAAAGAUCUUUUCCAUAUUAGAGGUUACAGGAGGCAACGAGAGGCCCCUAACAAGGGGCUGAUGUGGAGCUGGCCCAUUGCUGCCUGUGUUUUUAUACAUUUUUUACAACAUUGAUUUUUGUUCCUUUCGGGAUUGGAAUGCAAAUCUGGUUUGGUGUCCAGCACCCAAGGGACUAGUAGCAUUAAAGUGGGAUGGGGCUGAACUCAAGACUGGCUCUAGCUCCACAAACACCAUACAGUAUUUUCAGUAAAAAAAAUAUUUUUUAAA